AUGCUGUUUCAUGGUAUCUUGGCAGGCCUUUUGGCCUCGUGCGCUUCAGCAGCUUCACUCACACAAGUAUCCAACUACAAUAACAAUGCCACAUCCAAAGCACAAAUGUGGGUCUAUGUCCCAGACAAGGUGGUGACAAAACCGCCAUUGGUCGUGGUCAUCCACUCGUGCCAAUCGACGGCACAAUCAUACUUUACCAACAGCAAGAUCCCGUGGAAGCAAGGCUCGGACAAGAAGGGGUACAUCACCGUGUGGCCGUCGUCGCCCAACUCGGGGACGUGCUGGGACGUGUCGUCCAAGCAGUCGCUCGCGCACCUGGGCGGGGGCGACUCCCAGGCCAUUGCCAACAUGAUCCUGUACGCCCUCGACAAGUACCAGGCGGACCCGGCUCGCGUAUACGUGACGGGCGGCAGCUCGGGCGCCAUGAUGUCCAACGUCCUCGCGGCCACGUACCCCGAGCUCAUCAGCGCCGUGUCGCUGUACUCGGGGGUCCCUGCCGGCUGCUUCGUCAGCGCCUCGGGCGGCGUCGACCAGUGGAAUAACUCAUGCUCCGGUGGUCAGGUCAAGGCGUCGGCGGACCAGUGGAAAAAGGUGGUCCUGGACAUGUAUCCCUCGUACGAUGGGCCCCGGCCCAAGAUGCAGUUCUGGCACGGCAGCGCGGAUACCACCCUGGCGCCCCAGAAUUACCAGGAGACUCUGAAGCAGUGGACCGGUGUGUUCGGCGUUAGUCAAACGGCUACCAAUGAGCGCAAGAACUACCCGCAGAGUCAGUAUACGACGGAUGACUUUGGACCAAACGUCCAGGGCAUAUAUGCUCAGGGGGUUGGGCAUAGCGUCCCGGCAAAUUUGACUGCUAGCGAGGAGUGGUUUGGAUUAUAA